UAUAGAGCAGCCAGAGCCAGAACAUGCUGCAGAAAAACGUUGCAGAAAGAGAAUUGAGCAUUUUUAGUCCCAGAGCAGAGAUGGGCUGCAGCAGCCUCCCAGCCUCACGCUGUCUGUCGCUCUGCCGCCUUUUGUCUUGCUGAUUUGUCACUCCCAUGUUCCAGGAUUUCUCUGACCAGAGAGACAUGGCCAAACAACCGGCCAGCGCCAGCGCGCCUACCGGCUACAUCCCGGCGCAGCAGUCCGACGGAGCUGCGGGACUUACAGCAAACAAACCGGACAACUCUGCUCCGUGCCCGCCGCCCGCCCCUCACCAUCACCCGGCGCCUCAACCGCCGCCUCCGUGCAACGAGAGCAAAACUUUUUGUCCCACGGAAAAUAACCCGGGAGAACCGGACGCUAAUAAAGCGUAUGGGACGUUUAAAAGCACCCCACCAGCGGUCCCUGGAUCCGUGGCCACCAACUCGGCCUUUAGGAAGGAUUCCGCCUGUUCGGCCCGCGGGGGGUCCGCCCAGUACGGCGACCCGCUGCGGGCCACCGCAGAGCAGAACAACACCGCGGGCAACUGGACGGCUAUGAGCCAGACCACCAUCAUACUGGGAACAGAUGGGAACACGUCUGUUCAGCCCGGCACCGUGGCGGGGGCUGACGAUGAUGACGAUGGGGGAGAUGAGAAUAAGGCCAGAGGAAACUGGUCAAAUAAACUGGAUUUUAUUCUGUCCAUGGUUGGCUAUGCGGUGGGACUGGGAAACGUGUGGAGGUUCCCUUAUCUUGCCUUCCAAAAUGGUGGAGGAGCUUUUUUGAUCCCCUACCUGACAAUGCUGGGCAUUGCCGGGAUCCCAAUCUUUUUGAUGGAGGUUUCCCUGGGCCAGUUUGCCAGCCAGGGCCCCGUGUCAGUGUGGAAAUGCAUCCCAGCCCUACAAGGUUGCGGGAUUGCCAUGUUGAUAAUAUCUGUCUUGAUAGCCAUAUACUAUAAUAUUAUAAUGUGCUGGACACUGUACUACCUGUUCGCUUCGUUGAAGGGCUCACUGCCAUGGGCUAACUGUAGGAAUGAGUGGAACACGGUGGAAUGUAAGGACAAAGACAUGCUGCUGUUAGACUCGUGCAUCCUGCGAGACAGAAACAUCACCUCCAUCAAGAACUCCUCUUUCUGUCUAUCCGCAAAUACUGUGGGGAACCUGACCAAACUGUUAAACAUGACUGUGGACGGCAACAAGACCUACGUCAGCCCCAGUGAGGAGUACUUCAAGUACAAUGUGUUGCACAUCUCUAAAGGGAUUGAAUUUCCAGGAGACAUUCGCUGGCCUCUGGCAGGCUGCCUCUUCCUGGCCUGGAUCAUCGUCUACGCUUCUUUAGCCAAAGGAAUCAAGUCAUCAGGGAAGGUGGUUUAUUUCACCGCCACAUUUCCCUACGUGGUGCUGGUCAUCCUGCUGAUCAGAGGAGUGACCCUCCCCGGUGCCGGCGACGGCAUCCUCUACUUCAUCACGCCAAAAUGGGAGAAACUCAAUGAUGCCAAGGUGUGGAAAGACGCAGCCACUCAGAUCUUCUUCUCUCUGUCGGCCGCCUGGGGAGGCCUCAUCACUCUCUCUUCUUACAAUAAGUUCCACAAUAACUGCUACAGGGACACUAUUAUUGUGACAUGUACAAACAGUGCCACCAGUAUAUUUGCUGGGUUUGUCAUCUUCUCAGUCAUUGGUUUCAUGGCACAUGAGCUGAAGGUGCCGAUAGAGAAGGUGGCGGAUGAAGGUCCAGGCAUAGCGUUCGUGGUGUAUCCAGAGGCUCUGACCAGACUUCCUCUGUCUCCAUUCUGGGCCAUCAUCUUCUUCCUCAUGCUCCUGACUCUUGGCCUUGAUACUAUGUUUGCCACCAUUGAGACCAUCGUAACCUCAGUGUCGGAUGAGUACCCCAAAUACUUGAGGAAACACAAACCACUCUUCACGCUGGUCUGCUGUGCCUCCUUCUUCAUCCUGGGCUUCCCCAUGAUCACAGAGAGUGGGAUGUACAUGCUGCAGUUGGUGGAUACGUUUGCCGCCUCGUACUCUUUGGUCAUCAUCGCUAUCUUCGAGCUGGUGGGGAUUUCCUACCUCUAUGGUCUGCAGAGAUUUUGCGAGGACAUUGAAAUGAUGAUUGGUUUCCAGCCAAACCGAUUCUGGAGAAUCUGCUGGGCCUUUGUGACUCCAACUAUUCUGACGGGCAUCCUGGGACUGAGUCUGUACCAGUGGAAGGUGAUGACGUAUGAGGACUACACCUACCCCACCUGGUCCAUGGUUAUGGGCUGGCUCAUGGUAAUCUGCUCCGUCAUCUGGAUCCCCAUCAUGUUCGUAGUUAAGAUGCACCUCGCCCCCGGCACCAUAAUCGAGCGUCUGAAGCUGGUCUGCUCCCCUCAGCCCGACUGGGGUCCUUUCCUGAUGAAGCACCGCGGAGAACGCUACAAGAACAUGAUGGACCCUCUGGGAACCAGCUCCCUGGGCCUCAAACUGCCCCCAAAGGACUUCCAGCUCGGCUCCUAUCAGUAGCAGCCAUCCCGCCAGCACCACGCCCGCCACUUCCAACCCCUGCAGGGGGACACCUGGGAGGAGGGGGGCAAUGUCUCUUCUUCUCCCUCCUCCUCUCUCUCUUUUUCCCGCUCUUUGCUUCCUGUUCUCCUCCCUGUGGAAACAGGCUCCCUCUCCUCCUCUUUCUCUCCACCACUCCCUCUCUUCUCUCAGGGAGGAGUGACUGCCCAGGUGGAGUCUACUCCUCCGCUGCUGCUUCGUACUCAAUUAAUGGGCUAUCAUUGCCUCCCACACAUGACCACUGAUUACUCCAGAGCCCUUCCCAGGGAUCUUUAUUCCAAGAGAAAAAUUGUGCCAUAAAAUGACACAGCUCAGACUGCACUUGCAAUAUUAGACUCACCAUGGCUGCUCCCUAUGGAGUCAUGUGUGUAUGCGUGUUUGUGUGUGUGCGUGUGUGCGUGUGUGUGUGUGUGUGUGUGUGUGUGUGUGUGUGUGUGUGUGUGUGUGUGUGUGUGUGUGUGAGUGGGCCAUCAUACUUUUGUGUAAAGAUAAUGAAUCAUCUUGCUGAAAGCAGACACAGGAAAAACAAAAAGAAAAUUGAACGACAGAGUAACAACGGGUUCGGCGGGGAUCUGUAUUUUGUUCCAUCUGUGUAAAAAAUUCCAUCGGCGAUACAAAUAAUAUCAACUGCCUUGGAAAAAAAGGGGAAAAAAAAUCCACAGUAUGCACUGUUAUCACAUUUUGUUCCUCUCCAGCAGUACAUAUGUAUAUUCACACUAGCUACUGCUCAGUCGCUCUUGGUUUGUCAAAAAUAGAUUACAAGAUCUGCAAUUUGUGCCUCCUACGUCCCAGUAGAGUAGCGAAUGCAUCCUGAUUACCACGUUCAGUAGAUACACUUUGGCCAUGGAUGACUCUGCAGUACGAUAGAGGCUUGGGUCUAUUUUUCUCUCUGAACCUGAGGGACCAUUUGUGAUACCCUCUCUGUUUCUCUAUUUAGUAAGUCGUAUUCCUGCUGUAUUAUCCUAGAAUAUAAAGUAGCACAUUCCUAAUGUAGGAAACCACUAGGGUAGCCUAUCCUUCCUUUAGUAGAUGACCUUUUUAAGUCUCGGAAGCCUGACCUGAUGGUCACUCCGUGGAUAUAUUUUAGAUGGUGUAUUUAUCACUGUAUGUGUUGUGAACUUGUCUACCGAUCUGUGGAAACCAUUUUAUUAUGCAUACAUAUAUGUAUAUAUCUAUAUAUCUAUCUAUAUAUAGAUAGAUAUAUAUAUGUAUAUGUAUCGCCUCCAGCAGAGGAGAGAGUUAGCGAGACAGAUGCUGACAGAGUGUAUGUGUGUGUGCUCUGUGCCUCUCUUAACCCCAUGUUUCUCUUGCUAGCUGUGUAAUAUCUUGUACAAAGUGUACACCUCUCAAAAAAAAGCUAUCUUCAAGUAGUAAGUGUGUGUGUUGUUGCGUUCUCACAAUAUUAGGAGCAGCUGCUACGUGUGAGUAGAUGAAGAUUAGACUAGAAAAUGGCCGCCUCCUUUUCCUGGAAGUGUACUUUGUCUCUUGUUGUUUGUGGUAGAGCUCCGGAGACCUCUUUGCCAUUUCAGACUUAUGCCUCUUUGCUUCUCUGUGUGUCCUCAUGAAAACAGGGUCUCAGGUAUACUUGAUUCCAUCAGACUACUCCGGUAGUUGUAGGAACAAUUGCAUUCAGUACAUAGGAAACAGAGAGUAGAGCCAUCCUAAUGCUAAAUUAUAAUGGAAGCAGUAUAUGGAAGUGUGUAGCAGAAGAUCAGAAUCAAAACACUACUUCCUGAUGACCUCAAUGCAGCAACACUUUGCGUUUUGCUUACUGCUGCUUAAAUGCGCCUUUGCGACUAUUAUACAGGAUGUAUGAGUGAAUUAAGCUGUUUUCACCAACUGUGUGCAGCGCUAAAUUAAGUAUCCUGCUUUCCAUUAUGUUUGUAACAUAGUUAGAUCGAAAACAAUGAUUAGUUAAGAUUAAUGAAAAAAUCUAAUUUUGAAUGCCUUGUAAUCAGCUAGAAAUUUAAAUGGCUUUCUCGCCAGUUUCUUAAUCGUCAAUACACUGAUCUGUUUUUUGUUUUGUUUUGUUUCUUUUUUUUUUUUUUUUUUUUUUGCGUAUGCAGAAAAUGAAAGUUUGUCAGCAACUUUCUGGUCGCCUUGCUCACACUGUGAUCCUUCAGAAUCAGUCAAAUUACUGUAUUAUAGAACAUUUCCCUUUAAGUCUGGCAGUUAAGAGAACAUCAGCACAAAUGAGUUAGUGUAAGUGCGUUUCUUGGAGGGUGUAAGAGUAAUCUCCGACUUGCUUUGAAGCCCUUUUUAAAUGUGACAUGACAGGCAGCCAGCCUUUACUCUGUGGGCCGUCGGCCAAUCACCUUCAAAGUAACACCAUGUUUCCACAUAGAAGCAAUUAGUCCUUUCCAAGCUUCGGUCAGUUGGAUAUGCAUUUUCAUGUUGACGAGAAAAAAAAAAUCCUGAUUGGCUUUAUUAUGCUUUUAACACUGCAGGACCUUAACUGCAGAGUGGCUUAAGUGUUUUUAAUGGCGGUUGCAGGUAUGGAUGCAAUAACAUUUGCUCAGAGUUUAAGGGUCUCCCUAAUUGUUUCUCUAAGCCAUGUCCUUUCAUAGUCUUGACAUGAUAAUAGCACAGAUACGAUUUUAGAGGUUUUACGGUUUGAAAACAAAACAUAAUCAAUUAAUGAGCACAAAAGCCCUGUUAUUAAAUAGCUUGCUUGCUCCACAGUGUUGCUUUUGUUAAGACUUAGUGCAUUUAGCUCUGUUCAAAUGUGAUCAAAAAAUACAAGUAUGUCUGUGUGUGCUUGUGCGUGUGUGUGUGUGUCGUCUCUGUAUUAGUCUCACCAAACUCCAUGUAACUGUCAGUCAGAUGUUUGCAUGGCCAUUCUCAGAGUAGAUUGCUGAGAGAAAGAAGCAGAGGAGAUUUUACAGGGCUUUUUUUUCCCCAGGAUGCCUCGGCCUGAUGCUCCUCUUUAUCAUUUGUGGUGGAUGUGAGGAUCUUAGACCAACAUUUGUGAACUCGAGCUGGGUAAAACAAACUUUUAACACUGAUAAGCUUCAAAAGAUUCAAUCCCAUGGCAACCACUCAUUUGAGAGCAGUGUAGGCCAAAGGAGCAGUUUGGCAUUUCAAAUCAUGUGUUGGAUGUUGUUGAACCUUAACUCUUUGUAGUAAGACUUGAAUGAUAAAAAUCCUUUCAUGCCCUGAGAUUGAUUUUAAUGAUUUCCUUCAGGGCUGCAACUAAAUAGCUAUAAAUUUUGUCUUUUUUGUCCCCGUGUUUCCAUUUCUUCUGGGCUCGUCUGCUUUUGUUUUGAGAAAAAAAAUCGAAUUAGGGUUCAGUUAAAACCACAUUGCUUCAUAAAAUAUAACACUGAAGAGCUUGCAUGUGCAGUUUGUGUUGCUGUAACUCAAUGUCCAUGUAUAGUAAACCUUGUCCUUUCCCUCUCAAUAGUAUAAGUCCAUGCAUGUUUACUUUAGGGAGCUUUUUGUUCUACAUAAUGUGAUGAAACAGAGGGUUGCUGUUGUCCUUCUUACAGAAGAAGGAAGACGAAAACAAAAAAAAAAGAGUAACUGUCAAUUCACUUUGCCUGCAAGUCAACUUUGGGCAGUAUAGGUAACCAAAGAAAGAAUACUUUAACUAGGGUUUUAGUGUAAACAGAAAAACAAACUUUAGAAGAAAAAAGGAAUGUGUCAUCUGCGUAUAGGAGGUUGAGAUACUGCCAUUCAUAUCCCAUGUAGUGUUCCUCGAUGUUUGCCAAUACGUUACACAACAUCUUCAGGUAACCAUUGGCCUUAUAGAUGUCCUCUAAUGGUAGAAUAUUGUAUGUAUUUCAAAAAUAACACCACAGAAUAGCUUAUCGUCUGUCUCAUAUGGUACCGGUAUUCCUAUUGUUACGUCUGUUGUGUCAUUUGGGCACUUUAUUGUGUGACCUAUGAAUGCAUAGGUUAAAUUUCUAAUUACUUGAGUAAUGUCAUAUAUUUCUGUGUGUUCUAUGUGAGGUACUGCUGCCUAUGGAUAUAGAUAUGUGCCUCCAACAGCCCAUGACAUCCUUUGAUUUGAAAAUAGAGAGUAGAUAUAUAACAAAUAUGUUUUAAAAUAUGUGUGAGAUGUAAAAAAAAAAAAAAAAAAAAAAGAAAGAAGAAGAUAUAUAUCAUAUAUGUGAAAUGCAUUUAUUUAUUUUCAAUGUCAUCAAUCUUUGAGGCCCUACCUCAGAUUUUGUAUUUAUGUAUAGAAAUGCAAUUGGAUUAUAGUAUCUUUGCCAAUAAUAAUAUAUCGCUAUUAUAUCAUGAAAUGUAUAACCUAUGAAUCAAUAAAUAAAUGUUAUUGUUU